CACGGACUCGGCCCCGGCUGCGAGAAGCCACCCUACCCGCGCCCAGCGCCGACCCGCCGCGCUCCCCGCGCCGGAGCAGCCCCUCGGCUCCCGGGGCCUGACCGAGGCCCCAAGCAGCGCCGCGAGGUGUGGGGCGAGCCCAGGAGAUGAAAUGACAACGCCAACCCUCCAGAAAGCCAUUGAUUUGGUGACAAAAGCCACAGAAGAGGAUAAAGCCAAGAAUUACGAGGAGGCGCUCCGGCUCUACCAGCAUGCCGUGGAGUAUUUCUUACACGCUAUCAAAUAUGAGGCACACAACGACAAGGCCAAGGAGAGCAUUCGAGCCAAGUGCAUGCAGUACCUAGACCGGGCAGAGAAGCUGAAGGAUUAUUUACGAAACAAAGAGAAGCAUGGCAAGAAGCCAGUCAAAGAGAAUCAGAGUGAGAGCAAGGGCAGUGAUAGUGACAGCGAAGGGGAUAAUCCAGAGAAAAAGAAAUUGCAAGAACAGCUGAUGGGUGCUGUCGUGGUGGAGAAGCCCAACAUUCGGUGGAAUGAUGUGGCCGGGCUGGAGGGUGCCAAAGAGGCCCUCAAAGAAGCUGUCAUCUUGCCAAUUAAAUUUCCACAUUUGUUCACAGGCAAGCGGACCCCUUGGCGGGGGAUACUGCUCUUUGGACCCCCCGGCACAGGGAAAUCCUACCUGGCCAAAGCAGUGGCAACGGAGGCCAACAACUCCACCUUCUUCUCUGUGUCCUCCUCAGACUUGAUGUCUAAGUGGCUGGGGGAGAGUGAGAAGCUGGUCAAGAACCUGUUUGAGCUGGCCAGGCAGCACAAGCCCUCCAUCAUCUUCAUCGACGAGGUGGAUUCACUCUGCGGAUCCCGCAACGAGAAUGAGAGCGAGGCUGCCCGAAGGAUCAAAACAGAGUUCCUGGUCCAGAUGCAGGGGGUGGGGAAUAACAAUGACGGGACUCUGGUGCUUGGUGCCACAAACAUCCCGUGGGUGUUGGAUUCAGCCAUUAGAAGGAGGUUUGAAAAGCGAAUCUAUAUCCCGUUGCCGGAGGAGGCUGCCCGCGCCCAGAUGUUCCGGUUGCAUCUGGGAAGUACUCCCCACAACCUCACAGAGGCCAACAUCCACGAACUGGCCCGGAAGACAGAGGGCUACUCGGGCGCGGACAUCAGCAUCAUUGUUCGGGACUCGCUCAUGCAGCCCGUGAGGAAAGUGCAGUCAGCAACUCACUUCAAAAAGGUCUGUGGCCCUUCCCGCACCAACCCCAGCAUUAUGAUCGAUGACCUCCUGACCCCAUGCUCCCCAGGGGACCCAGAGGCCAUGGAGAUGACUUGGAUGGAUGUCCCCGGUGACAAACUCUUAGAGCCUGUGGUUUGCAUGUCGGACAUGCUCCGGUCUUUGGCUACCACUCGGCCCACAGUGAAUGCAGAUGACCUCCUGAAAGUGAAGAAAUUCUCAGAGGACUUUGGACAGGAGAGUUAAAAGCUUCUUCACUUGCGUGAUAGUGAAGGUGGGAGGUUGAUGGGGGUAAAUCUAUGGUACUCUCCACGUCAUUGGCCAGACAGGGCUCCGGGGCUUGUCCUACAGUCACUGCAGCGUCCCCUCUGCUGUCUGGCCACCAGACAGGGAGCAGGAAGGAAGAGCCUCCCCGGCUAGAGAUGCAGAAGCACGUUCAGCACCCAGUGGAAUACGGGCUCUUCCUGCUUCCUCCUCCUCCUCCUCUUCUGGAUGCUCACCACCUCCUGGUCCUGCCCCUCCAUGGUUUUUUUUUUAAACCAUUCUUUGUUCCCCUAAAUUAAUGCUGCUUGGAUUUUCGUCUUGUUGAUAAAUAAAAACUCCCUGAAGCGACAGGGAGAGGGAGCAGCCCCCGCUGUGGGGUUGGUACAGCAGACCUUCAGAACAGCUGGCCAGCGCCCCGCCGCCCAUCCUUCCAGACCCCAGUCUUUCUCCUUGUGAACAGAAUGGCUGAUGCCCUGGGUCCGCAGCCCAGGCUCUGCCGGGAAAGGCCAAGAGUAACGCUAAGCCAUGCGCUCCCUCUGAGCCCCAUGUCCUCCCUGCAGGAGGAGAGGACAGGUUUUGUGAGCACAAAGCUGUGUAGAUCAGAAAGAGUGAGGGCAGUCGGGCGGCUUUCACCGCCUCCUUCCCUCUGAAUGUGAGAACACUGAACCCAGCCACUGCCCCCGGGUCCCUGUCCUGGAAAUGGGCUAAUAAAUCCGUUCCCCUUCUUGA